AUGACCGGCCCGCGACCUGCUACCACGUGGGCGCAGUGCUACCACGUGCUACCGUGGACGCAGUGCUACCACGUGGGCGCAGUGCUACCACGUGGGCGCAGUGCUACCACGUGGGCGCAGUGCUACCACGUGGGCGCAGUGCUACCACGUGGGCGCAGUGCUACCACGUGGGCGCAGUGUUACCACGUGGGCGCAGUGCUACCACGUGGGCGCAGUGCUACCACGUGCUACCGUGGACGCAGUGCUACCACGUGGGCGCAGUGCUACCACGUGGGCGCAGUGCUACCACGUGGGCGCAGUGCUACCACGUGGGCGCAGUGCUACCACGUGGGCGCAGUGCUACCACGUGGGCGCAGUGUUACCACGUGGGCGCAGUGCUACCACGUGGGCGCAGUGCUAUCACGUGCUACCGUGGGCGCAGUGCUACCACGUGCUACCGUGGGCGCAGUGCUACCACGUGGGCGCAGUGCUACUACGUGCUACCGUGGGCGCAGUGCUACCACGUGGGCGCAGUGCUACCACGUGCUACCGUGGGCGCAGUGCUACCACGUGGGCGCAGUGCUACCACGUGGGCGCAGUGCUACCACGUGGGCGCAGUGCUACCACGUGCUACCGUGGGCGCAGUGCUACCACGUGCUACCGUGGGCGCAGUGCUACCACGUGCUACCGUGGGCGCAGUGCUACCACGUGCUACCGUGGGCGCAGUGCUACCACGUAGGCGCAGUGCUACCACGUGGGCGCAGUGCUACCACGUGGGCGCAGUGCUACCACCGCUACCGUGGGCCCAGUGCUACCACGUGGGCGCAGUGCUACCACGUGGGCGCAGUGCUACCACGUGGGCGCAGUGCUACCACGUGGGCGCAGUGCUACCACGUGGGCGCAGUGCUACCACGUGGGCGCAGUGUUACCACGUGGGCGCAGUGCUACCACGUGGGCGCAGUGCUACCACGUGCUACCGUGGGCGCAGUGCUACCACGUGCUACCGUGGGCGCAGUGCUACCACGUGGGCGCAGUGCUACCACGUGGGCGCAGUGCUACCACGUGGGCGCAGUGCUACCACGUGCUACCGUGGGCGCAGUGCUACCACGUGCUACCGUGGGCGCAGUGCUACCACGUGGGCGCAGUGCUAUCACGUGCUACCGUGGGCGCAGUGCUACCACGUGCUACCGUGGGCGCAGUGCUACCACGUGGGCGCAGUGCUACUACGUGCUACCGUGGGCGCAGUGCUACCACGUGGGCGCAGUGCUACCACGUGGGCGCAGUGCUACCACGUGGGCGCAGUGCUACCACGUGGGCGCAGUGCUACCACGUGGGCGCAGUGCUACCACGUGGGCGCAGUGCUACCACGUGGACGCAGUGCUACCACCGCUACCGUGGGCGCAGUGCUACCACGUGGGCGCAGUGUUACCACGUGGGCGCAGUGCUACCACGUGGGCGCAGUGCUACCACUUGGUAGCACUGCGCUCAGGUGGUAGCACUGCGCCAACGUGG